AGAAAGACGCGGAGUGGACACACGGAGAAACGCGCAAAGCGGCAGAGCGCAUCCAAACGAUCAGGAUGGCACGGUCAGCCCUCCGCUGUCUGACGCGGCGUUUCUAGUCACAGUUGGGAUUACUUUGGACACUUGGUGAGUUUGCUUCUCGCUGUAAACCCUGACGUGUGAUUUCUGUUUCGAUCACUGCGUUGGACGCACGGAGAGGGUUUUUUGCCCCCCCCCCCCUAGGGUGGAUUUGAGAGAAAUGAGUGAGAGGAGGCGAUCUGCCGCAGCUCUGAGCUCGAGAGCCCACGCGUUUUCCGUGGAAGCCCUGAUCGGCUCCAACAAGAAGAGGAAGCUCCGGGGCUGGGAGGAGAAGGAGCUGGAGUUGUCCAUGGAGAGCCUCGGCGCGGACGGAGAGGACCCGGCGCACUGUCUGGAUAUGGACCCGGACUCGGAGGCGAGUCCCGGUUCGGACGGAGAGGGUCUGGCCGAGAGGACGUCGUGCUCCUUCGGCUCACCUGAGGAACUGGCCCCCGGCCCCUGUGAGCCAUCGCCUCCGGCCUCCAUGGAGGAGAUCCAGGUGGAGCUGCAGUGUGCAGAUCUGUGGAAGCGUUUCCAUGACAUUGGAACUGAGAUGAUCAUCACGAAGGCGGGCAGGAGGAUGUUUCCUGCCAUGAGGGUGAAGAUUGCCGGUCUGGACCCUCACCAGCAGUAUUACAUCGCCAUGGACAUUGUGCCUGUGGACAACAAGAGAUACAGGUAUGUGUAUCACAGCUCGAAGUGGAUGGUUGCAGGAAAUGCGGACUCCCCGGUGCCUCCGCGGGCAUACAUCCAUCCGGACUCUCUGGCCUCAGGAGACACCUGGAUGAGGCAGGUGGUCAGUUUUGACAAACUCAAACUGACCAACAAUGAGCUGGACGACCAGGGACAUAUCAUCCUCCACUCCAUGCACAAGUACCAGCCUCGUGUUCACGUCAUCAGGAAGGACUUCAGCAGUGAACUUUCUCCUAACAAGUCGAUCCCCAGCGGGGAGGGAGUCAAGACUUUUAGCUUCCCUGAGACUGUCUUCACGACUGUCACAGCCUACCAGAACCAGCAGAUCACCAGACUAAAGAUCGACCGUAACCCAUUCGCCAAAGGAUUCAGGGACUCUGGCAGAAACAGGACUGGUCUGGAGGCAAUCAUGGAGACUUAUGCCUUCUGGAGACCUCCGGUGAGGACGCUCACAUUUGAAGACUUCACCAACAUGCAGAAACAGCAAGGUGGAAGCACAGGAACGUCUCCCACCACCUCCAGCACAGGGACUCCCUCUCCUUCUGGUGCGGCUCACCUCCUGUCUCCCUCCUGCUCUCCUCCCACCUUCCACCUCGCCCCUAACACCUUUAAUGUGGGCUGCAGGGAGAGCCAGCUCUGUAACCUGGGCCUUUCUGAGUACCCGGCCUGUGCACGCAGCAACAUGGCCGCUCUGCAGGGCUACGGCGGCCUGGCCGAUAGCUCAUAUGGACGCCUCCAGGCUGCAGGGGGCGCUGUGGCCUCUGCACAGCCUUCUGAAUCCUUCCUGCCGCAGAGGACUUCCUCUUUGAUCGCUGCUGGCAUGCAGGGCAGCGCUCACGCCUCGCUGACUGGCGGUGGGAGUGGCAGCAGCAGCAGUGGGAAGAUGGAUGCGUACAGCGGUCAGCUGGGCUCCUUCCCAGCAUCACAGCUUCAGUAUGUGAUGCAGGCAGGAGGUAGCUCCACCUCUGCCUCCUCCUCCUCAUCCGGAUCCUCCCCGUCCUCCGCCCACAUGUUCAGCGGGAGCCACCACCACGUGCAGCAGGGCUCCUACAAUGCUUUCUCCCUGCACAACCCCUAUAACCUGUAUGGAUACAACUUCCCCACUUCCCCUCGCCUUGCCGCCAGCCCUGAGAAGCCUCAGGGAGGUCUGCUCUGCUCCUCGACUCCUGCUGGGGCCUUCGCUGAGCGUCAGUACCUGUCCAAUGGAGGCAUGGACACUAUGCACAUGAUCAGCAACUCCUCCGGCGGCCAGCAGGGCAGCAGCUCCUGUGAUGGACGUCAGUACGGCUCGUCUUCUCAGAUGUCCAUGCACAUGGUGUAGAAAUGGGUGUCAGACCUCACAGUCCUCCAAGUCUUUCAGCUGAAAAGCAAAUCUAUGAAGCAGGUUUAGUGUUUUUACCAGAAGUGUUCAUGAACUGAGGUGUAAAAGCAACAUUUCAGAAAAGGAAAUCAUCUCAUGUUUUAGUUUUUAAAGACACUCCUCCACUUACAAAACCUUAUACAGGGAGUCAGAACUGUUAUUUAAAUAUCUUUGUAUGAAUAAAGAGAGAAAUGUGAUGGAAACUUCAUUCUCUUAAAGUCUCUGACAGCAGAGAAGCAACAAACUCAGACUGUAAGUCAGGAGAGAAGGGAUUAUCUGCUCUGAAUAUGGUGCAAUAGAAGCAACACUUGUUUCAAGAGACUCAUUUUGUUCUUUUUUUGGACUCAAACUGGUCGAGACGUGAUGAAACCAAAGAAUCUUCACUGUGAUCCUGAAGUCUUGUCUUCGCACUUGUGCCUCAUUUUUUUUUUUUUUUUAACUGUAAGCAGUUCAUGGUUUCCUUUUACAAUCUGGUGUUGUUGCUGCAAAACAAGGGACAACUGGACAUGAUCACAGCUCCACAAACAUACAGGAGAGGAAGUUUCAGGAUGCUGUGCUUUCACUUAAUGUACCAAACAGGGUUAAAUACAUGUGGACACAAGAGGUUUGGGUUAACUGAGGAUGUCUGACCUCAUAACUCAUCCCGUCUCCUCACAGACUGGACUAAUGUCACUAUUUUGGAGUGGAUUAUGUUUUUAGGCAUAUAUAUAAAGAUGGCGAAUGCAAUCAAUAACAUAAGCUUAAAGUUGUUGUGUGAAAAGUUAUAAAGAAGCAAUAGCAAAGCAGAGUAAUUAAAGUAUGUUUUGGUGUGUUGUAGAGAUGUGUAUUUAAGUGCUGAGCAGUAUAAACAAUUUUACAGCCAAUCUGUUAUGAAAAUGUGUGGAAAAAAGGGAAAUAGCAAAUUUUUGAGGCAUUUUGAAAAAAUGUAAAUACAGGUGCCAAGCACGUAAAA